CUCCCGUCGCCAUGACGGCCGCCGUCUUCUUCGGCUGCACCUUCAUCGCCUUCGGGCCCGCGCUGGCCCUCUACGUCUUCACCAUCGCCACCGACCCGCUGCGCAUCAUCUUCCUCAUCGCCGGAGCUUUUUUCUGGUUGGUGUCCCUGCUGCUCUCCUCCCUUGUCUGGUUCAUUGUCGUAAGCAUCAGCGGCACCGAUGACGCGUCAGUACAGAAAGGCCUGCUUAUCUUCGGAGUGCUGUUUUCGGUCGUUAUCCAAGAAGUCUUCCGGUUCGCUUAUUAUAGACUCUUAAAAAAAGCCAAUAAGGGUUUGAUGACGAUAAGCCAGGAGGAAACCGUCCCCAUUUCUGUAAGGCAGUUGUCAUAUGUGUCUGGCUUGGGUUUUGGGAUCAUGAGUGGAGUAUUUUCCCUUGUAAAUAUCCUGGCUGAUUCCUUGGGACCGGGCAUAGUGGGUAUUCAUGGAGAUUCUCCACAGUACUUCCUAUCUUCUGCAUUCAUGACUCUGGCUAUCGUUCUGCUGCACAUCUUCUGGGGAAUUGUGUUUUUCGACGCAUGUGAGAAUAAAAAGUGGUGGGCUCUUGCUCUGGUUAUCCUGAGCCAUCUGCUGGUGUCGGGCUUGACAUUCCUGAAUCCUCAUUACGAGGGAAGCUUAAUCCCGUCAUACAUCAUCAUGCUGCUCAUGGGUGUCUGGGCGUUCUUCACUGCUGGCGGCUCCCUUAGGAAUCUAAAGCGUUGCCUCAUGUGCCGGGACAAAGACUUCCUCCUGUCUAACCAACGUGCCAGAUAACAUCUGAGAGUCAGGACACCCUGGAAAGCUUUCUGUGUUUUAGAGGACGAAUGACUGGUGCCUUCUUCUAAAAUUCUCUUUUCCCGAUUGAAUUUAGGAAAAAAGAUGCUAGAUAAGAGUUUGCCUGGUCAUUUGACUUUUGUCUAGAGCUUACAUGAAAAUCACAUUUGGGGUGAGAAGGCUGUGGGAGGGAUCCUGGGGAAGAGCAGAAAUGUUUAGUUUCUCUUUCGGCACAUGGUGUGGGUUGAGUUAAUAUGCUGGCGUCGUAAAUAGCAAAUCUGCGACCUUUACAUUUGGUUCAACAUAGUAGGGAAGGGCUAAAAUUCAUGUGUUUGUAUGACUUAAGGCAUCCUGUUUGUUCUCGGACUAAUCCAAAUAAUUUAGCAUCCUAGUAAAAGGUAUCAAGCAACGUUCUAGAUACAAUAAUGCAAUAUCUUUUGUUUCCUAGGGUGAUUUAGCCAAAGUAAGAUAAUUACUAUUAGUCUGUAUUUAAAGUUUUUUGUUGUAUUUCAGACUGGCUUUCUGAAGAGAUUAAUGUAUUUUUCUUUGUAAAUUUAGCUUCAGUCCCGUAGGAUAUUUGAAGUUUUUUCGUUGAGACUACUACGUGAAGGAUGUGUGACAUUGCUAAACUGGAUUUUGAAUUGAACCCCGAUUCUAUUCUGUUGAUCCAGAGACAUUGUUGGUUUCUGAUCAGUUGGGACAGUAUUCAAAAAGGAGGGUUUUUUGAGUAAGUCUGCAAGUGCUGCAAGUUGGACUCUUAGUUCUCCUUUCAAAGGUCUAUUUUCACAGAUUAUACCCCCUGGCCACCAGUUGCAUUCUGCUAAAUUUUGUCUAAAAUUGCUAGAUUUUGGACUCUUGAGAAGGGAGCGUAGCAUUUCUCUACUGGGCGUGCUCUUUAAGAAACCAGGUUGCGUGGGAGAGCAGUUCUUUUGUAAUAGGAAGGUUUAUUAGAUUAUUUUUUAAGCCAACUGACUCAGCUAAUACAGUGGUAUGAAUUUUCUUCUUCAAAAUGGUGUAAUUUCUUUAGAGUUUAUGGCAUACUGUAAAACUGAAUUGUAUCAGAAGCAACUGAAUUUUCUGCAAGUGUGUAAUGAUAGAUACACAUUUCAAGGCACAUGAAGUUUUGCAAAUGCAGCCUUCCACUAUACAAGUACAAAUCCCUAAGGUGUUCAGGGAAAGUGGGGAAGUCGUGAUUGGAAAUGAUAUAAAAAUCUGACUUUUUGGUGCCCUAGGACUUUCCAUGAAAAGCCUUGCAAAGCUUUAAUGAGAGGUGACAUGCUGUACUCUAGCAUGUCAGACCAGUAAAUUUGGAAGUGCUUUGGUCCGGGGCGAAGACUUUCAAAAAAACAAACAAACUAGGAAAGCAAGGUUCUGAUCUGAUUUUGUAUCAUUUGAAAGGAGUCCAGUUAGAGGACCUGUGUUUGUAAGUUGGAAGACUACAAAUGCACCCUGUUGGCAUUUUUUGUUGUGAUCACGAAAAAAUAGAUGGUUUCAAAUGGAACAGUCCAUUUAUCCUUACAAUUUGCCUUAUUCCUUCUUUUUGUUACCUUUCUGCUUCUUCCCCUUUUUAGCCAUUUUAUAGUUUGAUGUGUUGUUGGACACUUCUGCCUUGGAAGUGGAGAAGCAAAGGCAAUUUAGUGUCCGAAGGACAACAUUUCCUGUAUGUAACCCAGUGAUAUGAGUUUUACAUGUUGAACUGGAGUUCAUUUCUUUCCUUCUUUCAUUUGAGGCUACUCCCCUACCCCCUUCAGCCCCCUGAGCGAGAGGAAACUUGUUGCUAAUAGCAACUUUCAGAUGUAAUCUAUCUUAAACAGGUGAGGAUAGCUGUUCUCCCAAAUACCUGUCAGACCUUCUGUACAGUUAAUACAAUUUGCAAGACCUGCACAAAGCUACGGAGCGAUAUAACUUUAGCUUUAAAGAGCCUCGUCAGACCCCUAAGUUAUGUAUAGAAAUGAAUAAGAAGGGCUGGGAUAUUUCAAAAUCCUUCAACGACCUUCAAAAUCUACAUUCAAGAAGAAACUUGCACAUUUUUUUUUAAUACGAGGGGCUGCUCAGUACAGACUAAAUGUCCUAGCAUAACUGUUCGUAAAUAAAGAGUCAGUGUGUUAGCAUUGUCCCAGUAAGAUGAAGACAUUUUAAAAAUUUCCAGUAGCACUGAUGCCAAGGAGUUCAGAAGGGGCACUGUUUCUGUGGGUAUGUCAAGAGUAUUUUUCGUCUUUGUAAUUUUAUAGUAAGACUUAUUACCUCUAGCUCAACCCUGAAGGUGGUUGGGAUGGAUUCCAUUCUGGAAGCCCGUCCCCCUCAACCCAGAAGAAAACAUACCGUGAAAUUUUGAACAUUGGAGCUUAGCCUCUACAUGCACAUUAUCCAGAGUGUUUAGCCUCCACCCCCUCCAAAAUAGCCUUUGGUCUCAGUUAUCCAGGUACAUCAGACAAAAGGAUUUUUUUUGGCCUGAAGUUUGCAAAUAGUUGAAACCAAAGUGCGUUUUUAUGCCACAGGUAACCAGAUAAUGUAUUUAAGAAGAUCCACGCUAUGUUGCAGGACUCAUGUUUAUUGCUGUAUAAAUUGUAGAGAUUGGAGGUUAUCCAAUCAAGCAGAUGUGCCUACUGUAGUUCUUGUGAAGUAAUAGCAUGUUCCAACUGGAGAGGUUUUAUUGACUUUCAGCUCUGGUUCUGGCAGUCGGAGAGAUGGGAAACUCACUGCUGAUGAUUUUUAAUUAUGCCUUGAAUUGUAUUAGAAAAAUGGCUUCUGUCCCAAGCAUCUGUAAUUUUAUUUUUUAAGUACACUUUAGUGCUUGGCCUGAAUGGCAAGUUUAUGCCCUGAAGGGACUGGUCCCUUUCUAUCUAGAUUAAGUGCAAUUGAGAAGCAGUAUCAGCAUAAACUUCCCCCCACGUGCUACUUUUCUGACAUAUCUCAGCCCUCAUUUGGAAGACCCAGAGAUGAAAAGUCAGUUCUGGCUUUCAUGUCCAUGAGCUUACCAGUAAAAAUGCCAGCGAACCCAAAGUGGCCUAAGACCUCUGUGGCAUUGCUUGUGGGCUGCCAGAGAAAGUCAUCCUCUAGUAAUUGCCAUCAUUCCCAGAUUCCACCACCUUCUUGUUUGACCAUUCCUUAAGCUUUGGAAUUGUUAGGCGUGACCAACCAUCACAGUGAUCCGUUUUGGUUUCCUACCAUCUAGUAUUUUUUUUAAUGUUUUACUCAUGACUGAAGAGGUUUAUUUUCGUAGUUAAAAGUCAAUCAAUCAAUCAAUCGUAUUUAUUGAGCGCUUACUGUGUGCAGAGCACUGUACUAAGCGCUUGGGAAGUACAAGUUGGCAACAUAUAAGUCAAGGUGAUUUGUAUUCAGCUGAAGUCUUCUAAGAGCAGUUGAUACUGUCUCAGUAUCAAGACUGUAAAUUGUUACAUGAGUUGUACUGUUACUUAAUAUCCAGUGGUGAUAGCUGGUCUUGGUUUCAAUAUGUCAUGCGACAUAAUCUUUAAGCAACCAAUAUAUAUCAUUGAACAGUAAUAAAAAGGGUAAUGUUUGA